UGUACACAGAACGCGGAAAAGGCGCGCGCGUGUUUCUUGUACGAUUUGUUCGUUUCCAGCUUUUGGUGUUCGUUUGUCCAGCUUCUGUUUUAUGUUCUGCAUAAGAUUAAUAUCGUUCUCAUCAAUCGAGUUUUCAUUGAAUCCCGCAUCGUACAGGCUUCUCUGCCCUUUGACUACCAGCCUAAGCAUGAAGAAAUCGGCAAAAUCAUCUUCCACAUCCUCUGCGGAACCAGCAGCAAAGAAACACAAACCAAAUGACGGUCCACCGAAAGCUUCCAAUAGUAAGGCGGAUGGUGCCAGCUCCGAAGAUUACGUAGCACUGUUCAAGGCAGAUCGCAAAGUGACCGCAAAGUCGAUACUGGAUUUCGAUUUUAGCAAGAAACGUGUUCGCAUCCUUUCGGACGCCAAAAGCAUCGAAGACGGUAAACGUGGCGUACUGUACUGGAUGUCCCGUGAUGUACGGGUGCAGGAUAAUUGGGCGUUUCUGUUUGCACAGAAGCUAGCACUUAAGAACGACCUGCCAUUGCACGUGUGCUUUAAUUUGGUACCGAAAUUUCUGGACGCUACCAUACGCCAUUUCAAGUUCAUGCUGGCGGGUCUGGAGGAGGUGGCGAAUGAGUGCGAAAAGCUAAACAUUCAGUUCCACCUCUUACGGGGCAAUGCUGGGGAUAAUGUGCCGGAGUUUGUGCGAAAACACAAAAUAGGUAGUGUGGUAUGCGACUUCAGUCCGUUACGGGUACCGAUGAAGUGGGUAGACGAGGUGAAACGGUCACUCCCGGUGGAGGUCCCACUGUGUCAGGUUGAUGCACACAACAUCGUUCCGGUAUGGGUCACCUCCGACAAGCUGGAGUAUGCGGCCCGUACGAUUCGCAACAAGGUGAACAACAAUCUUCCAACGUACCUGACACCGUUCCCGCCAUUAGUGAAGCAUCCGUUUACGGCAAACUUCGAGGCGGAUCCAAUCAACUGGACGAAGGUGCUGGAUACGCUUCAGGUUGACCGAUCCGUCGAUGCCGUUGAAUGGGCCAAACCGGGUUACAUCGAAGGUGUAAAUACCCUGCAAAGCUUUGUCGAAAAACGGCUAGGGAAGUUUAACGAUAAAAGGAACGAUCCGACCGAAAACGCACUGUCGAACCUUUCACCCUGGUUCCACUUCGGACAGAUCUCGGUCCAGCGCGCCAUUUUGACCGUUAAAAAGUACGGUAAACGGUACAGCGAAAGUGUAGCGUCGUUUUGCGAGGAAGCGAUCGUACGCCGCGAACUAUCGGACAACUUUUGCUUUCACAACGAAAACUACGACAAUCUCAAGGGUGCGUACGAAUGGGCCCGUAAAACGCUGGACGACCACCGCAAGGAUAAGCGCGUGUAUUGCUACAGCAGGGAAGAGCUGGAUACGGCCAAAACGCACGAUGACCUGUGGAAUUCGGCCCAACUUCAGAUGGUAAAGGAAGGCAAAAUGCAUGGCUUUUUAAGGAUGUACUGGGCGAAAAAGAUUCUGGAGUGGACAAAAACACCCGAGGAAGCGCUUGCAACGGCUAUCUAUCUGAACGAUCGGUACAGCCUGGACGGGCGCGAUCCAAACGGGUACGUCGGUUGCAUGUGGUCCAUUGCGGGAAUUCACGAUCAGGGAUGGAAGGAACGUGAGGUUUUCGGCAAAAUUAGGUACAUGAACUACGAGGGUUGUAAGCGUAAAUUUAACGUUAAUGCGUUCGUUGUCCGCUAUGGAGGUAAAGCGCAUCAUCGGAAGUGAAUGGAUAGACGGGAUUUCCCUUGAGGGGGUAACCGUUAUAUCAGCGGUUCAGUUACGCGUUACUUCCACGUGAGAUUUUUGUUCGAUUUGUUUAAACUAUUUCAGUUCAUCUGUUAAAUCCCAAUGAUCAGUUAAAAGCACCAUUUUUGUAUUUUAUACCUCUGAUAUUGGAGUGCGUUAAGAGUGAGGAUACUCUCGGUUGUGUUACUAUUUCCAUGAAUGUAUUUUUCGUUUUAUAAAAACGUCUACCUCUGCAAGUUAGGUUAAGCACAACACAUUACUAGUGUUAGGCAUUUAAGGCACGUAAGACAACUAAUUAAGCACUAAAAUGUAACUCAUCUAAAUGGAGUUUGUGCGAUAAUUAACGAUGCCGCUUCCGUGUUCAAGAAAACUACAGUACA